AUGACAUCUCCGUAUCAAGAAGAUAGUGACUCCAAUCCUAAAGAAGAAAACCAUCCAUCAAGUCCUUACACACAACCACAGAAUCAGCAAAAUUCACAACCACAAGAGUAUCCUCAAAUUCAAGGAUAUGCACCGCCGCCACCUGGAGGUAUGGCUCAGGCACCUCCACCACCACCUCCGCCUGGUUGGGUACCUCCACCACCACCAGGAUGGACACCACCACCAAAUUAUCGUAUGGAAGAUUACAUUCCAAGAGAUUACAAUCCAGAAACAUAUCAUUAUGAGCAGCACUAUCAAGAAUUCCCACAAUACCAGCAACAGCCAUACAACGGCGAAUUCUAUAUUCCGCAACCAGCAAUGGUGACAGCAGAUGGAAGAGAAAUCAAGCCAGAACCAAAUCAAAGUACAUGGUAUGCAGUUACAUACGAAGAAACGCAAUAUACCACAUACUGGAACAGUUAUGAAUCUUUCGAACCUCAGAACUACAGAGAAAACUCAACCCAUGAGAAGAAAUGGAACGAUUUGCCAUACGCUAUUAUAUUCCUUAUAGUCCUCUUGAUCAACAUUAUUUUUGGUAUUGUUGGUAUGGUCAAGGCCGGCAAUUUCCAAAAAGGAUUUGCAUAUAACCGACAAGGACUUGCUUAUGGCGACGAUGAUAGUAAUUCUACAUACACAUAUAGAAGUUUCGAUGACUGGCAGACUGCUAUGAAGAAAAGCGUAUUUUCUGCAAUCGGUUAUGCAUUACUUUUCAAUGUUCUUCACGGUUUAUACGCAAUAUUCUUGCCAGCAGUUUACAUCAAGCUUGCUUUUGUUAUACCAUUCAUAUUGACACUAAUUGUAUGUGUUAUUCUCACAGUUAUUACAAAAAUCUUUUAUUGUAUGAUUCCUGCAGGUGUUACCCUAUUAUUGACUGCCAUUUGCUGCUGCUGUUGCUACAAUGAACUUCCAAUUGCUAUCUCCGUAUUUAAAGUGGCAACAAGGGUUACACUCAAGUAUCCUGGUCUCAUCCUCGCCAAUAUUGUACAAGGAAUUAUUAUAGAUGUUAUUACAAUUUUCGUAGUAUUCGAAAUUAUUGGAAUCUUCUGCAUAGGUUGGAAUUAUGUAGCUUACAUUUGGGUUAUUUUCUCCGCUUAUUGGUUCUAUUAUACAAAUGAAUUCGUAGAAGUUUUAAUUACUGCAGGUGUCGCAGGAACACAUUAUUUCCUUCUUGAUACAGAAUACAUGCCAAAGUCACCAACUCUUGAAUCCACAAAGCGCGCAACAACAACAUCAUUUGGAUCAGCAUGCAAGGGUGGUUUGAUUGUUGCUAUCAUUGAACUUCUUGAAGAUGCAGCUGAAGAUUCUGACAAUGGUUGUAUUAAGUGCAUUGCUCUUUGCAUAUUAUGCUGCUUAAGGUAUAUCAUUGAAAUUAUCACUCAUUACGGUUUGAUCUAUUGUGCUUUAUAUGGUAUUCCAUUCUGGGAUGGCUGCAAGAGAUUCAUUGAAGCUGCUAAUACACAUGCUUUUAGAACUAUUUUCGACGGCGUGAUUAUUAGAUAUUGCAUGUCCUACACAAUUCUUGUGUUCGACAUUCUAUUGUUCAUUGUUGGCUACGCUACAUCUCGAAGGUUCACAAAUGAUAUAUUCUUAAAUAUACUUUGUGGAAUCGAAUGCAUCAUGUUCUUCUCCGUCAUUAUUCAAACCAUUUGUGGUAACUUCUGCACAAUCUGCGAUACACUUUUCGUAUGCUUCGGAGAAUGCCCAUUCAGAAUGAAAGUUAUUGAUAACGAAUUUUAUGAAUUAACUUGGAAAGAGUUAUGGAAGUAA